AUGGCUACAAUCCUUGUCACCGGAGGAAACAGAGGCAUUGGCUUUGGGAUAGUCCAGGCUAUAGCCGAACGGCUUCCAGAUUCUCUUGUGAUCAUCGGGUGCCGUUCAACCGUGGCCGGGCAUGAAGCUGUGACAAAACUCAGAGAACUUGGUGUCAAGACCAAUCUAGAUGUUCUCCUACUAGACAUCGAGGACGAUGCCAGCAUCGCAUCACUGCCGCUGUCGCAACUGUUGAUCAGAAACAUGGGAAUCUUGAUCAAUAAUGCUGCCAAGUUAGAGGUUGCUGGUUCGGCAGAGCUUUCCGAUAUUCGGUCAAAAUCAAACGCUGUGUACAACACCUGCAUCACGUCAAACGCUAUAGUCACCCAGGCUUUCCUGCCCUUGCUUCGAAAGGCCGAGUAUCCGCGAGUCAUCAUGAACUCCAGUGCUAGGGGCAGCCUCACACGCACAGCAUCUAGAGAGCUCCCGCCAGUCUCACUUGUGGAGUACUGCGUGGCUAAGGCAGCGCUUAACAUGUUGACUUUACACUUUCAGCUUGCUGAAGAACAGAGGCAAGACGGAAAUAAAGUCGUCUUUUGGGCCACUAGUCCAGGGCAUUGUAAGACGGCCUUCAACAACUUCCGCGGGGUGAAGGAGCCAAUUGAUGGAGCAGAGGCAAUCGUGCGCUUGCUGGAAUCAGAAAAGGGGGUCACUGAGCCUGGCACGUUCUGGGAGUUCGAACAGGGUGAGUUCAGGAUGGUGCCGUGGUAG